ACACCUGCAGCGGAAAAGUUUCGCCCGUUGAAAUCAAAUCCGCCUCCUGGUGAAAUUCCGACCCCAAAUGUGGCUCGCACUAAGAAUGAGGAACGGCUUUUACGUAGUUUGGAAGAACUACUUCAAACCGAGAAGAAAUACGUCGAUGAUCUCAAAGAGAUGAUCGAUCGAUACCUAUCAAUUCCAUCAGUGCGCGAAAUUAUGGAAUCGGCUUUGAGGCUGCAGAAAAUGCAGGUUUCCUUUCUUGACUCUUUGGAAGAGGCUCUGGGAGAUAUUGGAAGCCGUGAUCUGAGCGCACGCCCGCUCGUCAGAGAUGCCAUCAUACGACUUUGUGCCCUGUUUGUAAACCGCUGUGGUGAUUUCAAGGUCUAUGCGGAAUAUGCGGCUGCUUACUUACGUUUACUACAAGAGCUACCAUCUCGAAAGGAUAUGCUGGCCAGCUUGGAGGCAGCCAAUAGCUCCAAAGAGCAACACUGCUCCUAUGAGUCACGUAUGAUCAAGCCGGUUCAGCGAGUUGUGCAGUACCCACUUCUCCUCAGGGCCAUUCAGUCUUGCUGUGAUCAGGACAGUCUCCAGGCUAAGCAGGUAGAAGUAGCUUUGCAAAAGAUGCAAACUCUGGCCGAAUAUGUUAAUGAAAUGCAACGAGUUCAUGAGCAAUACGCUCCACAUAUCGAUGCUCUGCGCCGCCAGAACGACGUAUUGUUUAGGGAGAAGGGUCUACGGAUCGACAUCAGGGAUUUGGUACUUUUUGCUCAUGUACAAUGGUUGAACGCUGAGAAAUCGAUUCAAGAAUAUGUGAUCUUUGUAUUUCACACGCUGAUCCUGCUGCUUCCACGGAAUGCUAGGCGAGACUGUAAGAUGAAAUUGGCUCGCAUGCUGCCGAUCAAUGAAGUCCAAGUGGAAGAUAAUAGGAAGGACGAUCCGAUACUGACCAUUGUGCACACAAGAACGGUUGCCGAACGUCAUUACGAUGUUCCUUACCACAUUGCAUGUUGUCAAUUGUCUCUGAAACAACAGCUCAUACGAAGUAUCAAGAAAGCUCGAACGAACUUCAGUCGUGAAACACGACGUCCAUUAAGCGGCUCGAGUCAAUCCGAUGGUGGUUACGGUAGCGAUCCGAUGAAGGAUAGGAAGAGCUCUUGA